UUCAAGCCGAAUCAUUAUCGGGCCUUGCUCACAAACAGUCGAAAUUAACUCUGGUCAUCCCCAUAUUCUCCUGUUCUCCAUUUCCAUCGUUUUACUCAACAUUGCUGGAUAUCUACUUGUUUUUGUUCUUUCCUUUACGUAUCAUCGAACAUCUACAUCUAUCUAGUCCUCCAGCUCGACCCCUUGCUUAUCUAUUUUCAUCGCCCACAUGUCUCAAUCCAGAGUCGAAGCGCAGAAGAAGGCGACUGCAGCAUCAGCAGCCGCCCAACAGAGCGACAAUAUAGCGCAUGCAUUAGCCGGUGCCGGGGGUGGUAUUCUCUCGAUGGUUCUAACCUAUCCUCUUAUAACUUUAUCAACCAGAGCACAGGUCGAGUCCAAACGUGCCCAUUCCACGACCUCCGAUGCCGUCCGCCGUAUUAUUCAGCGGGAGGGAAUCACAGGACUCUACUCGGGUCUUGAGUCCGCUGUAUUUGGUAUUAGCGUCACCAAUUUCGUAUAUUACUAUUGGUAUGAGUGGACUCGGGCAGCCUUCGAGAAAGCAGCUGCCAAAGCAGGUCGCGUUUCGAAGAAGCUCACGGCAGUUGAAUCAAUGAUUGCUGGAGCCAUCGCUGGAAGUGCAACGGUCAUGAUUACAAACCCCAUUUGGGUGAUUAACACCAGGAUGACAGCUCGUAAAUCCGAGUCCGAGGAGCAAACGCUGCCCAGCACGACGGCUAAGAAAACACGACCAUCAACGAUUAGCACUCUGAUGGACCUGCUCCAUCAAGAGGGGCCCAAGGCACUCUUUGCCGGUGUUCUACCGGCAUUGAUCCUGGUGAUAAACCCCAUUCUUCAAUAUACCAUUUUCGAGCAGUUGAAGAAUGUUUUGGAACGCCGCAGGCGUGUGACUCCCAAAGAUGCUUUCUACCUUGGUGCCCUAGGCAAGAUAUUGGCGACCUCCAUCACAUACCCUUAUAUCACGAUCAAAAGUCGGAUGCACGUCGCUAGCAAGGAUGGUCCCAAGGAAAGUUUGAACGGAAGCUUGAAGAGAAUUAUCAAAGAAGAGGGAUAUGUGGGACUUUACAAAGGCAUUGGACCGAAAGUGACCCAGAGUGCAAUUACCGCGGCGUUCUUGUUCGCUUUCAAGGACGUUCUUUAUGACAUGAUGGUUUCAGCUCGAAAGAGAGGACGCACUGUUUCAAAGUAAUCAAGAUGCUUACUCUUGAAAUAGUUCUUCUAAAUACAAAUUCUUCAAGGCUAAUUGAAGAAGUUCAAAGCCUUUGACUAUCUCAGUUCGAAUUUUCUUGACGGAAUACUAUAAUCAGCCACUCCAAACAUAUCGGGCAUGCUUUAUGAAGCACCAUGUAAUCAGAACUUAUUUACCCUUCAUAAUUAUAACAGAGGUCACAACAUCCCAAAGGCUUUUCUGCUAAAGGACAUUUGUUAUUUUGCUUACCCUUUUGUCUGUGGGUAAAAUAAGAGUUUCAAUGUAUGAUAAUAUAUAUGAAGGAGUUGAAGUCAUAUGAUGUCAUCUUUUUCUUAUAAUACUUUCUUUGGUUCAUUAUAGUACUUGAAUUCUCCAGUGAUGAUGUUUUCUUUU